AUGGCCAUUGGGGCUGGGUGCCCACUGUCUAGGUGCGUCCCCCUGUUGGUUAGGAUAGGUAAGGAUCUCCCUGAUAGGGUUGUUUCCAUCUACUGCGGCAUCCUUGCCUAUAUGUUCUUGUACCGUGCUUUGCACCCUAAUCAAUCAAUCAUAUUCCUGGCCAUAUUCGCUGAGCAGGACGCUGCCCUGAAGGACGCCGAGGCCGCUGAGCAAGAAGCGGCUGCUGCCGGGCAGGAGCGUGACGCCGCCGCCGCUCGCGCACGCGACGCCCUUGCCCGUGCCGCCGCAGCUCGACAGAAGGCUGCCGUCGCCUUUCCUGAUCCCGACGACGAUCGCGACAGCCACGACGUCGCCACGCACGUCUCCGAUCCGGAUCGCGCCGCCUUCGACAAUGCUGUGGCUCUUCUCAACCUUCACGCUCAAGCCGUCGCCGUCAACAUCCGGAGCGUCGUCCACGUCAUUCUCGACGUCAACUCCGGCAAUUACGCAUGGUGGCGUGAGCCGUUUGUUCUUGCCAUCGGCAAGUACUCCCUCCAGGACCACAUCCUCUCCGACGCCGCCUCGCCCGGGAAUCCCGACUGGGCGCACAUGGACUGUGUCGUCCGGUCCUGGAUCGCCGGCACGAUCUCCCACGAUCUCGCCGAUGCCGUCCUCGAGCGCAACUCCACUGCGCGCUCAGCAUGGCUCGCCGUCGAGACCCGGUUCCUUGGGAACCGCGAGACUCGUGCCCUUCAUCUCGAUGCCGCGUUCCGGAACUUCGUUCAAGGUGAUCUUUCUGUUACAGAUUACUGCAAGAAGUUCAAGCAGAUGGCGGCCGAACUUUGCGAUCUCGGCGAGCUCGUCACCGGCCGCAUGCUGGUGCUCAACGUGCUGCGCGGCCUCAACGAACGCUACGCCGCCCUCGGGAUGCAUCUUUGCCGCGGCCGCCCGUUCCCUUCCUUCCUGGAGGUUAGGAACGAUCUUCUUCUGGAGGAACUUACUGCCGUAAACCGCGUCACCGCGCCCUCCACCGCCCUCGUCGCCGCGACGCCCGCUGCCUCCCGACCUCCUGCGCCGGCGCCUGCGCCCAAGUCGAGCUCCCGCUCUCAAGGCGGCUCCGGGGGUUCCGGCGGCUCCUCCAGGUCGCGUCGCAGCAAGCGCGACAAGAGUUCCGGCGGCGGCACCGGCGGUACCGGUGGCGCUGCCCCUUCCAGCGGCGGCGGCGGCAGGGGGGCCCCUGCAUCCUCCAUUGGGUCUCCAGUGCCGCUUGGGCCAUGGCCCUCUCUGCUAAACCCCUGGAUCAGGUCCAUUCACAUGUGGCCCGGCCAGCAGGGGUCCGCGCUUCGCCCCAGCCCACAGCCGCUGUAG